AUGGAUCACGCGUUUCGACGAUUUACCCGAUCUUUGCUUCAUCGAAUUGUUUCAUUAUACUUAACUUCAUUCGAUAUUCUUUGGUCAUUCAUCGAUUUAAAUAAUCAUAUUCAACAAUUAAUUUAUGAGCGAGGUUUCUUUCGUCAUAUUGAUUUAUCGUCAGCGUCCUUAUACAAAUUCGAUAAGGUUCUUACACGCCUUCCAUUACCUGAAAUUCAAACACUCGUCAUUAAUGUUGAAGCGUCGCCUCUUCAACUUUCCCACUUUCCUUACUUACCUCAUUUGACUACGUUAGGGAUGUAUGGAUUACGUGAACUAAAACAUGCCAAUACUUUUAUCCUCAGACAUUCACAUUCACUUGAACGUCUUACGCUAAAUUACAAACAAAUGAUAUAUUUCAACCUUUUCUCUGGUCGUGUUUUCCAUCCGACUCUACGUCUCGAAGCAUUCAUGGAAAAUGUUCUACAACAAUUAAAUACACUACGUUCACUGGAUUUAGGACUAAGCAUUGGCACGGAUCUACCAUUAUGGCAUCCAACAACAAUUGAAAAUGCAUUGAAUUAUCUCUGUAUACCUUUACAACACGUAAAACCUUUAUGUCAACUUAUGUCUCUAGAAAAACUUUCAACGACACUGCAGGAGUUACAUGUUGCAAUGCGUAGUUUCCAUGUCCCAGGCCAUGAUAAUAUAUACGAUAUAGGCCGGUAUUAUGUAAAAUGA